AUGUCCCGCUACGAUAAAAAGAACUAUCAGUGUGGCCGACCUGAGAGACAAUUUGGAAAGAAACGGAGAAAAGUAAAGAGGAAGAUUGUACGUGCUGCUCGUCUGGUAAUAGUUCAUAUUUUUCUUCAGAAAAUAGAUGACUUCCUUCGUAAUUCGCAAACAGAGACCAUUUUCGCUGAUAACACAAUGGAAAUUAGUUCGAAACUCAAUGUUGAAAGCGGAAAGGAGAAGGAAGAAGAAGAAAAAGAAGCAGAAGUCGUACCAUCGGGAGGAGAAGUGCCUCAAACAGACGAAGGGGUUCGUAUUCCGACCCUCUCAAAAAUAGGGAAUUAUGUCAAAUAAUAGCAGAAUUUAGAGAAGAAUAGAAAAUCCUCACGAGCUAGCCAAUGAAAAUCCCUUCUAAAUUCCCUGAGAAUCUCAAUGUUACAAAAAUAUAAUAUAAUACUUACAAACACUAUUAUUAAUCCUCAAUAGUGAUUUCAGACCUCUUCCAUCGGUCUGCCGCAUCACGGCGUUUUUUUUUCCACGGGACUAGAAAACUCCGCGUCCACGGCCUCGCCCUGACUGUUUUUCCAUGGGCUGCUUUUAUUUUCUCAAACAUUUCUGGGACGCGACCCUAAUUAGUUUUUUUUUCGUUUACGUGAUCGAGAAAAUAGAAGAGUAAAAAAAACGCCGCACCGCAUCAAUUAAUUUUUUUCAAAAGUAGUUUUCAGAUCAGUAGAGCUUUUGGAAGAAUUCUACAGCACUAUGCUAACGACGUCUUCAUAAAAAGACAAAUUGGCAACAUUCUCAAACACGUAUUGGUGAGAAUAUCUCUUGCAACUCACAAAAUUCACAAUACACUUUCAGCUCGUGAGAAAUGAAAAAAAUUAUGAACAAGUAAACGCAGCAGUGGCAGAAUUUGUGGAGGACUUCAGAAAGAAACUGAGGGAAUUGCGAAAUGCGCCGGAUGAGUCCGAUUGCUCAACAAGCAACCCGACUCCUCUCGCUCCCGUUGAAAUUGGAUUGUCAUUCAGCUCCCGUCCACUGGUAGGAAAAAGCAUUAAAUUACAAAAUAAUGCGACGUUUCAGUUGAAUGGAGAAAAGGUGAAACCCGGAGAAUUGUCCGUUCUUAAUGGAGAGAGAGCGAUUUUUGAUGAAGACCUUCACUUUCGUCCCCUCUGACUGAAUAGUUCCCUUCAAACGUGUUGUUUUCUUCUGUUCUCAUUUCGUGCUUUCAUUUUUCUUCUUUUUCUCAUUUUUUUUCAAUAAAUGUGUAACGCUUCGCGAAUAAUUCCUUUAGCUGCCGGUGCACGGAUUGUCCUCCGACAGUCACUUUGCUCGUGAACCGACCGCUGCCGGUGCACAGAUCGUCCGCUGACGAUCAUAAGUCCUUCAAUGACUAAGCCUCGGGAGCUUCCUUCACAUGGCUGGGAGUAGUUCCCCGGCUGGAAGCUCGCCGGCUAAUUAGUCAAAAUACCAAGAACGGGCUUCAGGUCUACUCCAGAAAUGUCCUCUGACGAUUAUAUUGUCCUCUGACGAACCUAUGCUAUGAUUGAGGCUAGGGUAUACAGCGCGUUGCAAGUUUAUAAGGCCACCCCCAGUCGGCGCGGCAACGAGGCGCUCGAAAAUAUUUCCGACCCGGCGACUUCAAAAUCGGAUUCAGGGCACAAAGUUACGUAUACGUAAUUUCUCAUCAAAAUAGACAAAUAACAGAAAGAAAUUACAAGUUUCCAACAUCAAACGGUUUCCUCGGCACACCCAGACACGUCGAUCAAGUUUCCAUCUGAAAUUUUCAAAUAUUUAACCAGUCCAAAGUGUUUGCUUUUACUUGACUGUAUGAUAGUUUCGAAGGAUUCCGAGUUGACGUACUGAAAAGAGAAUGAUAAAAUUUGAAAAAAAAACAUCUGACAUCAGUGAGUAGUUACGUUCUACUUAGUUGGGGAAGUAAACAACAGAGAAUUUCAAUCGUACGUACAGUGCGGUGCAAGUUUAUAAGGCCACCCCCGUUUGGCACUGCCACGUGGCGCGCGAAAAUUUUUACGACCCGGCGACUUCAAAAUCGGAUUCAGGGCACAAAGUUACGUAUGUUUGGUGAUUUUCGUGAUGAUACCUGGAAAACUGUCCAAACUACCUCGAUAAAGCUUUUUGCAACCGUUGCAAGUUUAUAAAGCCACCCCAGGGGAUAGGGGUUUUCGCUAAUCUGGUCAACCCCUAUGAGCACAAAAUAAGUUGUACAUAUCUAAAAAGACGUUUUAAAGCUGUUUUUGUCAUUCAGACGCUUUGGGUUUUUUCGUAAGACAUGCCACGGGGCACUUUCCCGAGGAUUCCGAAAAACUCUUAACACAGCCAUUCAAAACGGCUGGAUGGUCGAACCAAGAGACCAGUUGUCAUCUAAAGUGUUUCAAGUACAUUUUGUGAUCAGUCCAGCCUAAAAGAACAUCUUAGAAAAGCCGGAAACGGGUUUCUCAUGCCAAAAGGUUCCUCAUCCGUGCCGUUUCAACUGCGAAGCAGUCCUGCAACGGCAUGGAACAGGAGCUGGACCGUGGAUUUAGAAAGUGUGUGGUUUUGGAAACUGUUGAGGAGUGCCCUAACAAUGUUUCUGAGACCAUGUGGCCCUCUCCGUGCAUUCCGUGCAUUGCCACAAGUCACAUUGCAUCGAUUGCGCCCGUGGCAACAUGUCGACCAAUGAGGGAUCGGCGGUUAUGAUCGGUUUUGUUUGUCCAGAAACAUGUUUUCCGGUGAAAUCAUGCCUUCUGCUGAAAAUAUGGUCAAUUUGAACGAUCUGGAGGAAUGGAAGUGAUACUGGCACGACAUCCGCACUGACCGCUUCGUCUUCUCAAAAAGAUCCUUUGGAGAACGAAGCCUUAUGGUUUUGAACGCUUUCUCCUCGAUUGGAUAUUUACAAAAUGCAUUCAGAUAAACUUGUUGCACUGAUCUGAAGUCCUCUAGAAUCAUCUGAGACCCUCCCGUAGUUUAUUUGGUCUCAAUCAAUGCCGUUAUUUGAGUUUGACGACAGGGAUGGCGAACAUUUUGGCACAAACAUUCAGUUUCAAUGUCUGCCCGGUCUUCCAAAAAUUCUUUUUUGAGUUUCGACUAGUCACGAAAUGGAUUUGAAUCACUUUAGACAACAACUGAACCCUCGGUUAGGCCAUCCAACCGUUUUGAAUGGCUGUGUUAAGACUUUUUUGGAAUCCGUAGGGAAAGUGCCCCAUGGCAUGUCUUACGAAAAAACCUAAAGCGUCUGAAUGACAAAAACAGCUUUAAAACGUCUUUUUAGAUAUGUACAACUUAUUUUGUGCUCAUAGGGGUUGACCAGAUUAGCGAAAACCCCUAUCCCCUGGGGUGGCCUUAUAAACUUGCAACGGUUGCAAAAAGCCGAUUUUUAGUUUUAUCGAGGUAGUUCGGACAGUUUUCCAGGUAUCAUCGCGAAAAUCACCAAACAUACGUAACUAUAUUAUUUUUGUAAAAUAUUUGUAAAAAGGGGUGACUCAGGUAUUACGGUGUGAAGACCACAAGAUCGAGCUUUCUUUGUAUCAAACUCACUCUAGAAUUCUUUCUUCUACUUUCCGAGCACAAUCCUUCUUCCUGUCGUCCGCUCUGUGUUUUUGUUUGAACCGUUUACACACUUCCGGAGUCGCCUUCAGUCAGGUCUGAAAGUCGUCACGAUCAGUGUCUAGCCGAGGGAAAUUUCUUUGCACUUGGAGGGGCUCAAACCUGCGGUCUUUGGAUUUGUCAUUUUUAUUUUUCGGUGUCAUCUGAAUCCUCAAAUAACUUCUGAAUCUUUUCAAUAUGUAUUUAGAUGAACGGAGCACAUUUUUCUGAUCAUUUUUGCUCUUGGAUGCUUCUCGAUAGCUCCAUCCGUUCUCGAGAUAUGACCGACACCACCGCGUCCGACGGCGCCCGUCGCCAUUAUAUAUACACCCUAUGGGCGAUUGAGCCGCGUGGCCAGGGUGGUGUAGGCGGUUAAGCUUGUGCUUAGCAAUCCGAAGACCGCAGGUUCGAGCCCCGCCGAGUGCAAAGAAAUUUGCCUUGGCUAGACACUGAUCGUGACGACUUUCAGACCUGACUGAAGGACGUGGCGACUCCGGAAGUGUGUAAACGGUUCAAACAAAAAUACUGUGCGGACGACAGGAAGAAGGAUUGUGCUCGGAAGGUAGAAGAAAGAAUUCUAGAGUGAGUUUGAGAGAAAUAAAGCUCGAUCCUGUGGUCUUCACACCGUAAUACCUGAGUCACCCCUUUUUACAAAUAUUGCUUGUGUGUUCAAUGAUAACAGGCAGCUCCUUGUGUGGACAUACACACAAUACUAGUAAAAAGGGGUGACUCAGAUAUUACGGUGUGAAGAUCACAGGAUCGAGCAUUCAUUUGUUCAGACUUACUUAUAUUUUCAGCCUUUCAUCCAUGAGUUGCCUUCUCCCGGUCGUCCGUCCACCAUCUUUUGAUUUUUAACCCAUUUCGUGCACUUCCGGAGUCGCCACGUCCUUCAGUUACGUCUGAAAGUCGUCACGAUCAGUGUCUAGCCAAGGCAAAUUUCUUUGCACGCGGCGGGGCUCGAACCUGCGGUCUUCGGAUUGCUAAGCACAAGCUUAACCGCCUACACCACCCUGGCCACGCGGCUCAAUCGCCCAUAGGGUGUAUAAAUAAUAUCUAAAUACAUAUUGAAAAGAUUCAGAAGUUAUUUGAGGAUUCAGAUAACACCGAAAAAUAAAAAUGACGAAAAUAUGACUUUAUGUAUUAGGUUGUUCGGAAAGUUCCAGUCAUUUUUGGGUUCAGAAAAAUUUAUUGUGAAACAAGUCAAAGAGUUAUCCGAUUAAUUAGACAUAUUGCCCAUGUUUUUCGAUGAGUGUCUGCCAACGUGUCACCAACUUGUGGAUACCUUCCUUCCAGAACUCCUGCGGCUGGGAGUCGAAAAAUGAAGCCAACUCGAUUUUGAUAUCUUGUCUUGAGUUGAACUUUUUUCCACUGAGAUGGCGUUGGAGGUGACUGAAGAGAUGGUAGUCAGAGGGGGCCAGGUCUGGGCUGUACUGUGGGUAAAACAAGAUUGGCCAGCCGUAUCCAGCGAGUUCAGCUUUGGCCUUUCUGGCGAAAUGGGGACGAGCAUUAUCAUGCUGAAAGUAAGCUUUCGCAUUUUUCCCCCAAUGGAGAUCCACAUGGAGUCUGAGUUUUCGCAGCUGAUCAGUGUAGACAUCGGCCGUAAUAGUGACGCCGUCAUCAAGUAGCUCCCAAUAUUCAACUCCACGGGCAGACCAUCAUAUUGAUAACAACCCCUUUUUUUCGUGUAUUUCAUGUUUUGGCCCGUCAGCUGGCUGAGCGUCUUCGUCAACCCACUCGGCACGUCGCUCACUGUUAUCAUACAUAACCCAUUUCUCAUCUCCCGUAGUGAUUUGAUCCGACCAUCCAUGUGUGCGAUGCGGGGUGAGAAGAUUCAAGCAGGUAUCCACACGUGUAUUCAAGUUGUGUUGCGUCAAAACAUGCGGAACAUAUCUUCCGAGUUUUUUGACCUUGCCAAUUGCUUCGAGUCCAUGACUAAUUGAUGUUAGGCUCGCCCCAAGUGUCCUUUAUAGUUCACGGACGGAUUGAAAAGGAUCCCUCUCAAUCUCGCUUUUCAAUGCUUCCAAGUCUAACGAUGUCGGUCUUCCUGAACGUGGAUGAUCAUCCAUCAAAAAUUCUCCUUUUUCGAAUCGAUGAAACCAAGUGCUAAUGGUAGUUCGGUGGGUGCAUCUUUGUUGUAAACCUCCGUGAAACGGCGAUCAAUGUCGGCAUUUUCAGGUCAGAUAGAAAUAGAAAUAAGAUUGCAUUUCGGAAAUGUAAGUUGUUAGGGACGAAAACGUUUGGCAUAUCUCACUACUCGGGAACAGGAGAAUGAUAUCCGUUGCUGUGUUGACACUUCAAUACCCUACCAACAUACUGAUAAAACGACAACUAACUCGCUUGCUUCCCGAUAGAAAAAACAAUCUUCAAAAACAUACUAUGAAAAAUGACUGGAACUUUCCGAACAACCUAAUAUAUCAAAUGAAUGAGAAAAAUAUUCCGGUGAAGAUGACAAAAAAGCUCGAGAAUUGAGAACGGAAUAACUUUGACCCGCAAACUGUCGAAGAUGAGCAACAGGUGCUUGAAAUGUAAUGUGUGAGUUUGCGCGUUAAAGUCAGAACGCACCGUGAUUACCGAAAAAACCAUGUUUAUAAAACAAAACGAAGAGAAUAUUAACCACUAAAAAGGAAUGAAAAAUACUAUUUCAUGAUCGAUUAGAAUUGUAGAAAUAUGCCAUCAUCAUGAGCUCUACAAGAUCGGCUUUCAGACUGUGGCGAUCGUCUCUGACUAUGCGUUUCACUGCAGAAAAUCCUUCACAAACACUUUCGCUGGAAAGAUUGGAGAAACAGCUCAAAGCAAUACGGUAGAGACGAGGAUAUUUAAAUUCACGGGAAGUCCAAUAUACGAGUGGAUUGUUAUCAGAUGAAAUCGGAUUGAUGUGCUCCUUUAGAUAUUCUUCCAAUUCGUUUACGCUAUUUUGCGGCAGGACAUUUUUGUGCAAAAAAGACAGACUGAAAUUGUUAGUAUAUUAUCUAUCAAAUAAUUGAGUUACCUUGAUAAGCAAUUAGGUUCCAACAAACUUUGCUCUUCCUGUUUCAAUGACAUAGACGCUAAUUGCUCCUUAACCAAUUCUAGAGCCUGCGAAGCAUAAAAAUGAGAAGUGAAUCGAUUCAUUGGUAACCUUUUUUCGAUGCUCGUCCCAAACUUUAGUCAUUCUUUUCAGUGCAGGUGUCAAUAACGUAGAUUUAAGAUGAAUAUCUGAGAUCUCAUUGCUCAAAUACUCCGAGGUGACUAUUCGCGCACUUUUAUUUAAGGAAGCGAUGGUCUGUAAUUAAAAUAGUCUAGGAGUUUAUGUAUUUUCGGUUUUCUUACCGGAUCAUCGUCAUCUUCUAGUGCGACGAAUUGCAAGUUAAUGUCGCUGAGCACCGGCAGAAAGCACUGAAUGCUGAUAGUCGAUUUCUGUAACGAAUCAGACCUUGUAUUAUAGUCUCUUUGUACCACUUACUUCGAAACAAUUCAGUAGAGGUUCGAAUUUGGAGAGAACGUCCAAAGUAGCCGUCAAUCUGGAACGCUCGCUUUCCACUUCCGCUUGUACAUUAAUAACUUCUUUUAUAGAACAAUCAGCUAAUGACGGCAACAGCUGGAGAAUAUCUCGGACGCAUCGGAUCAACGACACCCAUUUCUUUUCUACAUAAGUCGCUGGAAGUUUCGGAAUUCUCAUUUCAUUCUGCAAGGACAGCGCAAUGAAUUGAGUAGCAAACUUAAAAUCCAACCUUUUUUCGAUGAAUAAUAGAUGCGAGUUUAGCACAACACAUAAGAGAGUUAGAGCAUUUUUCCAACUCGUCAAUCUGAGCCUUUGUAUACAAAUCGAAAUUUAUACUUUUUGGCUUUAUGACCCGUUUUGCCAUCUUUUGAAAAACGUGACCAGUGCAAAGUGUCCACGACUGAAAAAAUCGAGCCCCUAGAGACGUUAAAUUUUGUGCGCCUUCAGAGACGACGUUCAUCGACAACACUUCAGUUUCCGAUAGUCCAAAGCGUUCUCCGCAUUUGACCAGUAGAUCUUUCACAUUCUCCGCACUUUGAACUUUAUCCAUUGGUGAGAAGCAGAAGGGCGAGAUUCUCAUGGUAGGAGUGUCAUUUGUUGCAGAAACGAAUGAUAUAAAUGCACACAUGUAAUUAUUUACAUGAAGACCAAAAUCGAUAACCAGUGUGGCCGUUUUGUUGCGUACGUGCGGAAUGAUCUGAAUAUUAGAAUUUGGCAUCCACGUAUUGACAAGCCUUAUAACAACCUCGUUGGCGAUAUGGCGAAUUAUCUUUUUGCACUGUUUUUCUACCGACUCUUUCACUUCCGUUCGUGAUGGAAAUGUAGCAGCUUGAGAUGCAUUUCUGUAUAUAGGUACUCAUAUGGACAAUAGUUUCCUUAAUAGACUUACGCCGACUUCUGAAUUGUCUGCACAAACGUUCGAAAUGCGUCCGAUUCAACUAAUCUAAAACUACUUCCAGAGUUUACACAAAACAUUGCUAUUGCUUCUUGAAGUAGUCCUUCUUGGCCAGAAUUCAGCUUCUUGUUGUCAUUAGAGCACAGUUUGGUUUUGUGACGACUAGAAAAACAAUUUAUUCUUAUUCAUUUUUCCAAUUUGAUAAACUUACAUCAAAUGUCCGCCACAUUUACUAGAGAGUGUCGCAUUACAUGUUACGCACGUCAUGUAUUCGAAUUUCCGACCGUCUCUGUACUCAUAUAGUAGAAAGCUUUCGGAUUUUUCCGAUUUACUUAACUUCUUUUGUUUAACCUGCAACGAACUUCUUAGAUUUUUACAAAAUUAUUGAAUCUCGCAUAAAACUCACCGCCUUUAAUACGCCAUCUUUAAUUUGCUGCUGAAUCUCCAAAUUCAUGCGCUUCCUGCUCAUUUUUUCAGCAAACAUAUAUAUUUUUAGCAACAAAGAACGUUCAAGAACAAUGGAAAAUCGGACAAAAUUUGUGAAAAAUUCGAAAUGGCCACUGUGUAUACGCACUCGUGCUUUGCACAGUGUACACACGAAUUGAAAAAACAGGCGCCUGAAAAACAUGCGCCUGAAAAAACAGGCGCCUGAAAAACAUGCUCCUGAAAAAACAGCGCCUGAAAAACAUGCCUCUGAAAAAACAAGCAAUCAAUCUAUUUUUUGCAGUAUUUCUUGUUGACAGUUAGGCCCAGAGGAUAUAUCAGCUCCAGUAAAUGUGUGUAAAGCCGACGGACGUUUUCCAGGGACUGCAGUUCUAAUGUAUCUUUUGUCAAGCACGGAACAUAUCGGUGUGCAUAAAUGCGUGGAACGCGUUGCAAAUUAUUUCCACUCAAGGCCGAGAAGACUUUGUACGACAAGAAUCUGCUGAGUUUUUCGAUAAAACAUUAGAACCUGGACAAAAACUGAAGAUCGAUGGCCGUUUUGGACUAUUUUCGGGGAUCAGUCUGAUUGAAGCCGCCGCUAAGAAGAUUCGAAGUACUUUCUGAAACCUCAAUAGGAGUUGCUAUUCGUCUUGUAUGCAAUACGAUUUCUCUCCCGAACUUUCGGAACAUUUCUAUAGAAUCCUUAAGAUGAGAAAAGUUAAUUUACUCCAAAUAUCACAAUUUUAUUUCAGAUUCUUGCACAAAAUGGAAAUCGGAACUCCGACUUCUUCACAAUUGCUGAAAAAUUGGAGCUGUACUGAAAAAAGAUGAAUCGAAUGAGCUGAAACAAGAAUUCAAACCCCGUUUUGUCGGAAUCGCGUCGUUAAUGCUCCCGAUUUGACAAUUCCACCUGCUAGUGCACCCAUUGCUUUUGCCAGAGCUCCGUUCAAAGAACGCCAAUUAUUUGUGGAUUAUGCGACCCUGGCCAACGCGUUUUCUUUAUUCUGACCAGUAAUUUUACGCCGAAUCGGGGCGUUUUCUUGGUGCUGCUUCUUUUUCUCUCUCCUACAUAUUAUAUGCUCGCAAUGUUGUUUGCCGUGUUCACUGACUUGCCAGUCAUAUCAAUCUUGUUUUAUCUUAUCAAGCGGCGGUGUAAUAUACCCACUUUCAAACGAUAAAAAAAUUUGCUUGCGGUGAAAACUUUGUUGGGCGUAUCAAGUUUCGCGAGAAAAAUUUUUUAUCUUUCAUUGAAAAACACACAUUCGAAAUUUGGUUUUUCGUCAUUUUGAGUCAUCAUACAUUGUUUGUCAUUUGUUCUCGAAGUUCUGACACUCUCUCGUGCAGAUUUGACAGAUCUUUCUCGUUUUUUAUAUCUUCAAAACUUCAGACGCCUUUCCUGACUUUCUCUGCUGAUGGUUCCUCUUCGAACUCUCCGUUAUCGUGCGAAGUAGAAGUUAUUGAGAUAUUUCAGUAUUUCAGCAUAUUUUUCUGAAAUUAAAUAGAAAAAAUGUGGCAAAAUUUCAUCACAACUCUUUGCCUUACUUCACCCUCAUUAUUUUAGUAAAUCUUUCUUUAAUUUAUAAAAAUUCACUUAAAUUUUAACAUUUUGUGUCUGCAUUUGUGCGUGACUACGGUAAGCUGUGUUUGCGUACCCUCGUGAGUGCGCCGCUGCACUCAACGUGGCCGCCGCCUGCCCGCUCGAAUUGAUCGGGACACUCUGUUUCUCUGACUCUCUUCUCUAGUGUCACGCGGUUGCACUCACUACACUCACCGACACUCAUAAGCGCUCACGGUCGCUCACCACGUCGCCCCCACCCUCUUGCAUAGUCAUCGUAUCGAUCGCCUCGGAUUUUCGAAAAUGUUUUGACGCAAAUACAUUAUCUUCCGUCGUUCAAUUCUUUUUUUUCCUGCUCUCAUCUUUGAAUCACCACUUUUCUUUCUCAUAAUUUUGUCUCUAAACAGGUGAUUUUUCAGACCGCGUCCGGAAUCGUCGAUUGGGAUAAUGGCCGAUUUCGCCGACGCCUAUACUCCUACCAAGAGGAGCGACGGCUCUUUGCAUCCACUCGAAGGAAAUCCGGAAACUCCGGGUAAGUCUUGACACAUCUAUCAGGUUUUUGGAACCAAUUCACUGUUCAUUUUGUGAGCAUAACUUAUCAUGCCCUAUAUUCAUCCAUCCUUCUCCUCUCUUCUAACAAUCCUUUUCUUGCAUCUUCUUCUCCAUCUUGCAUUUCAUUUCUAUGUUUGUAAACAAACAAUACGAAAAAACGUGUUCCUCGUUUCACUGUCCGACUGUGUGUCGAUCGGAGACUUGGAGAGAGAAUGGUAGUUUCCGGUUCACUGGCAGUGUGGGGAAUUGUGGAAUUUACAGUGUUAAAACAGUUUCCGAACCAAUAAUAAAGUGUUCUUGACUAUAAAACUGAAUAAAAAAGGGCAUUACAUGAAAACAGCCCCGACGGGAGGGCAGUUUUACAGGUUUUGGCAUUCCGCGUUUUGCUGCCGGAUUCUCGAUGGCGUGUUACCAUUCUUCAGUGAUACGCAACGAAGGAAAGAUUGCCCACAAUCACGUUUAUCAGAAUCGUUGAAGGUUCUGCGCCGCAUGGGGACCGACAUAUAUCUGCUAUGCUCGUCUCCUGACCGAACAGCCCAAUUCUACGGCAACUCGACGUACACUCACCAAUCAAUCCGUUAUUAUCAACGGUUAAAGCUACUGUUGCUAUUGUCUUGAUUCUCACGAAGUUGCUCAAAUCAUGUACAGAUCUUUGGAAUCGAAGGACAAUUUACGGACAUGAUCUCUAUGGCUUCACUCCGUUAUCAAGGAUCCACUAGCAAGGGCGCUCGUAUGAUGUGGAAGAGAUGUCGAAUACGUGGAUUGCGAACAGCUGCACAGAGUUGAACUACCCAAUUGAAGAAUACAACAUAGCGACAGUUGAAUCGACUCAUCUUCAUCUUUGUAGGAUUUUUGAGUCUCCAACUGCGGCACAGAAAUUACAAAUUGGAAUAAGUUUGCAGCGGCGCGAAUGGGAGAUGCUUACGGAAGAUUUGUAUGGGAUUCGGGUAGAACCUUCAUUUCUCAUGCCUCGUGUUCCAUACCUAUUGUAGUCGAUUCCUUUUCCUUUGUUUUCUCUACACAGUUUGGUUUCAAAUACCUCUUUUCCUCUAUAUUUAUUGCAGAACAAAUAAUUAAUUCAUUUUCAGCCGUCUACAUACCAACCAAGAUAUCACGAGAGGGAACGACGCCAACGAAGCCAGCAGAAGAGACAACGAGACAAAAAUAUGGCGGCGCAGGUUUGUAAUUCUGCCUUUUUUUCUCCACUAAGAACUGUCCACAAGUGUUUCAAUCUGACAAUUUCAGGUACAAUAUCCCCUACCAUUUUGGAAAGGGCUUGCCGCUGCAACUGCGGCCAUCGCCGUCUUCCCACAUGUGCAUCUGUCCCCACAAAAUUUAAAAUCAGAAUAGCCUACCUUAAUGAACGAGUAUUGAGAGUGCAAAAGCGAACAAAAACUGUUUUUAUUUUCGAGAAAAAUUGAUAGAUAGAUAGAUAGAGGAAUUGCUCAGAAAAAGAGCUGUGGAACAGGUUUUUCAAGGCGUGGACCUUCGCCGAUGGCGUACUCUCACUCCCAGGACUGGCACGCAUUCACACCAAAACGAUUCUUCCUGUUCCCCCCGGUUUCUUGGAUGUUCUCGUUCUUCCUAUCGCCCCCUCUCUUUUUGUGUUCAUGUACCUACAUUUUACUUCUCUUUCACUUUUUGUCGUCGUUGUCACUUUUUCAGCAGUUUUUUCUCGUCACGAUUGAACGGUUUCGACUGGAUUGUUGAAACUGAACAGUCGAAUGGAACGUGAAAUGCGAGCGGAUUUGCAGAUACUGCCCUUGAACAACAUCAUGAUUUUGAUGCGUUUUUGACGGUAAUAUGCGAACCGGAUGAGUUGAAAUCGCGCAGAUUUUCAACUCUGUAUCUGUUCAUGGACUAUGAAAGAAUGAUUUCGCUAGGAGAAUUGUCCCGUAAAACAAAGCAACAAACCAACACUAUUGAUUUUCAAGAAUUCAAGAGUGUUUGGUUGGCCUCAGAAAUGACGAGUUCAACUGUCGGAUGUCGUUGCUGUCACGUUACUUCUUUUUUUCGGAAGUCAAUGUUUGCUCAUGCUCCAAACAGAGCGUGUAUUAUAAGCCAUGUCAUUUUUGACGCGAUUCCCAACUUUUCGAGGAAAUGUGAUAUAGACAAAUCCAUCUAGACAAAUCCAUGGCGCAUAUUUUUGCAACUGACAACAUCUGGGUCAGGCGCCCGAUAGGAAUCCGAUUUUUAGUGAACAAAGUAGUGGCUGACUUUAAGAUUUCGAGGCAUAAGCCAACAAUUUUCAAAAAUUUCGCAAAUCAAUUCCAUUUUAUCAAUAUCUGAUACAAACUGUUUGUUAUUGCAUUGUCGGAUACGUAGUGGGUCUAUGCCAAAUUUACACGAUAAUGUUUAUGCCCCAACGCUAAUUGAAUUGUUCUCUGACUCUAUGUAUAUGCUCAUCGUGGAAUUUACUGUUAAUCUUCCUCUCUUCUCCCGAACUCGACCAAAAUUUUCAGAAAUGCACAUGUGGGAACCGGUGAUAGCUCUUUCCUUCCCCUUUCACUCUAUUCCAUAACAAGUUUUUACAAAACAUUCUUUCAGGAGACACCUACUCGCCAUCAAAUCCCGGAAUCCGCAUCGUGAAACGAAAACCGGCCAAGCCGGUGGAACCGAGUACGAGUGAUUUGCAAGCCAGUAAACGCGCUGUUCCUGAUGAGGAUAUAGCUAUUGCAGCUCUAAAAAAGGUAAAAUUGGAAUAUGCAAUGUUCAAGCCUGAUAAUUCCUUGACAACACCUUGCCGCAAGUUGGUUUUUCUAGGCCAGGUCGCGAUCAAAUUUCCUGAAACAAGAAACUAUUAACAACGUAGUAAUAUCCGACUAUUUCCAGCAACCAAUCAAAGGAAUCAUCCGCUCAUCGUCUCCAUCAAAACGCGCCAAACGAUGCAUUUUCUUCGCCGACACCAGAGGUCUCCCGCUCGUCCACAUUAAAGAAAUAGAGAAAAUUGCCACAAGUGAGCAGUCUCCUCCAUCUUCCAGAAAACCGACUCCUUUUGCAGUUCAUCACUCGAACACAGCGGAUUUCCGUCACUCCGAGAGAAAUGAAGCAAAAGUCGUUGGUCACGAGGAAAUGGAAGAUGAGCUCGAUUGGACGUUGAUCCCGGUGAAAGGACGUCGCCUCAUGGUGUUUGAGCCGUCAGUGUCGGGAAGAAUUGAGGAGCAGCGCAUUCAUGAACUCGGGCUUAUGCGUGGAGCCAUGUUUGGGUAAGCAACAGAUUUUUAGAUUUUCGAUGUUCGAGAAAUGUAAUUUGACGUUUUUCUAACGAUUUUUGAGCGUAUCGGCCUGUUUCCAACAGGAGUUACUACCGAAAAUAGACAAUUCAGAAUGCCCUGGAUAAAUACUCUAAAUUUGAACGCACAACUCAGCAGAAUCAAUGCUAUACAUUUGUAUCGUUUAUUGAAGACUGAUACUAAAUUCAAUAUAUUUUCAGCAUGUCUUCGGUCAUUGAGGACCCGGAAUUGGAUGAAAUUGCAAAAAUCGACCGGGAACACUGCAAUCCGACGAUUAUUCCGACCGUCAGUGAAACUCACUCGAAGAUUUCUAUGAGCACGCUUCUCGACCUACCACUUCCCGGUCGUCCACAGCGGAAUUCAGCUCCAUUCCAAACUUCUAUGUCACCGUCGACAAUGUAUCAGGAAUGUCGCAAUCCGCUGAUUUCUGUGAACAACCACUACGAACAGGAACAUGUUGAGACAACGCCAGGCUAUUAUUAUCAAGCCACGAUGGCACCGCCGAGCAAUCAGCCAAACAUCCAGCAAAUAUUUCAAGACUCGGAGCCAUUUGUUGAAAACGCAUAUUACGCACGGACUGCAAGUCCAAUUGAGCAGCGUACGGAGUCGCCGGUACCAGCGCUCAAGAUUCCGGACAACUUGAGAGAGAUGCUGAACAAAUUGAAAGCCAGAGGACUCGUAUCGUCCGAAGAGAAAAUGCCAGCUGAAUCCACGGCCACUCCGCUUGCGGCUGCCAUGCAAACGGCCCAGCAAAUGUUUCAGACGCAAAACCAUCAGGUCAACACGUUCGCGUGUGAGGAACCGACUUCGAUGCAAGACUAUCCGAUGAAUGGAUACAUUGUGAGCCUAUUUCACAAUUUCGAAAAUUCGUAUUUAUUUGUGACUUUUUCAGACCGAAUUCGAAACUCCGGAAAUGUCUGCUCAGAAUAGCGCAAAUCAGGAGGGAUGGACCCAGUCUGGGUGGAAAAUGAAGGAAAUCUGCGCGUUCUACAUCAAUCGUCCGAAUGCAUGCAACCGUGGCGACAAUUGUCGCUUUGUUCAUGACGACGACUUGGUAAGUGUGUUGAAAUGCACUAAAAGCGCUAGAUGUUUUACUGAUUUUCCACAGAUUAAUAAAAAUUUAUACUAAGAAUUAAUGAAAUUAUUUUCAGAGAAGACAGAAGCAGGAUGAACUGAAACAAUACGGAUAUCGUGGCAGUGAUAGAGGACGUCGUGGCGGAUUCCGUGGAGGUUUCCGCAACAAUCAGCACGAUCGAGACCGCGACUUCCGUGACCGGAGACAACACGGAUUCGGUGACAACAAUCGUGGACGUGGUCAGGAUCGCUAUCAGAAUCGCGGGAACAAUCAAUACGGUCGAGCCGGAUUUGAUGACGUUCCGACUGAAUUCAACGUUCCGCCGCCAAAUCAACCGGUUAAGCACGCUCUACCCGUCCCAAGUGCCGCCAUGGAGCAAGCUAUCGCUUCUGUCACUGGAGCUUCUUCUCCCGAACAGUCGUACAACGUUCCACCUCCAGUGGUUCACAUUCAAGCUCCGGUCGAGUUGCUCCACACGCAACAACCUUCCCUCAACACUAAUCUGACAUUCUUGGCUGCUCAGCAACAGGCUCAGACACAGGCGCAAGCACAUGCACAAGCGCAGGCUCAGGCUCAAGCUCAGGCACAAUUGGCUGCUGCAGCCGUUGCUGCCGCCCAAGUUCAAGUUCAAGUGCCGGGCGGGUAUAACGCGUACGUUGCGCCACCUCCGAUGGUAGCUCCGAUGGUGGCUCCUAUAGUGGCUCCAAUGGCAGCUCCGAUAACAACUCCAAUGGCAGCUCCGAUUCCGAAACGUCGUGUGAGCCGAUUUGAUCAGCGAGAGGAUGAAGCUCCGGUCCACAAGGACAUGGAUCUCCGCCCGCCACGUCGCAAUCGAUUCGACGAAGGACCGCCGCCAGUUCGUCAGUUCCGCUCGAGGUUCGACGAGCGCCCGAAGGAUCAAGAUGAUCGAUUGAUCCAUUAG